UUCUGUUAGAAUCAUCGACGUGGGAGGUUUCGAUUGGCGGCCAUCCCAUCGUUUUAGGUUUAUUGAAACUUUCUCUGUCCCUCUCUCUGGGUCUCAUUCACUCUCGCCGGUCGGUGUAAUUUCCCGGAAAAUUCCCGAUUUUCUGACCAGAUUCCCCGACCGCGAGCGUUUCAUUUUCUCGAAGCACCGCCUCGAAUCCCGUCCAAUUCGAAUCGAGUCGCUCGGUAGUUUCGAAUUCCUGGGACGCGGACCUGGGAUAUGAUGCGAUUCAAUGGGAUUGUGAAUUUUCGUUGAGGUUUUCGGAUUCUGGUUCUGAAGCAGUCUUAAACUUCGGAUUAUAGAAGAGGAGGAAGAGAUUUUUUCUGGGUCCGGGAUUUGAAGAGGGAGAAUAUAAAAGGUGUUUGAUUGAAGGCGACGAUGGCUAGUCAAGGCGGUUCUUCGAGAAGAAGUCUGUCAUUGACGAACGCAUCGUUGCAUGACAAGAAGAAAUCCUCUGAUGCUAAUAACGGAGGCCCUGAUUCUGCCCGAAAAUCUUUCACGGCUUCUCGUCCCAUGGGGCUAACUGGAGAGCGGACUGUGAAACGAUUGCGGCUAUCAAAGGCUCUGACAGUACCUGAAAAUACUAGUGUUCAAGAAGCUUGUCGUCGGAUGGCUGCUCGUAGGGUUGAUGCUUUGUUGUUAACUGAUUCUAAUGCGUUGCUCUGUGGAAUUCUUACAGACAAGGAUAUAGCGACAAGGGUUAUUUCCCGUGAGCUUAAUCUUGAGGAAACCCUUGUUUCUAAAGUUAUGACAAAGAACCCGAUAUUUGUUCUUUCAGACACUCUUGCUGUUGAGGCCCUUCAGAAAAUGGUGCAAGGGAAAUUCAGGCAUUUGCCUGUUGUGGAGAAUGGAGAGGUCAUUGCUUUACUUGAUAUAGCAAAGUGUUUAUAUGAUGCCAUUGCUCGAAUGGAAAGAGCAGCUGAGAAGGGAAAGGCUAUUGCUGCUGCUGUGGAAGGUGUUGAAAAACAUUGGGGAACAUCUAGUACUGGUUCCAAUUCAUUUGUUGAGACACUUCGAGAGCGUUUGUUUAGGCCAUCUUUGUCUACAAUCAUUCCAGAUAGUACAAAGGUCUUAACAGUUUCACCAGCAGAUACGCUUUUGAUGACAACAAAGAAGAUGCAGGAAAUGCGAGUAAGCUCGGCAAUUGUGACAGUUGAUAACAAGCCACGAGGAAUUCUUACCUCAAAAGAUAUCUUAAUGCGUGUAAUAUCACAAAAUCUUCCUCCGAAGACCACUCUUGUAGAGAAGGUCAUGACUCCAAACCCAGAAUGUGCUACAGUUGAUACACCAAUUGUUGAUGCAUUGCAUACCAUGCAUGAUGGAAAGUUUUUGCACCUUCCUGUUGUAGACAGAGAUGGAGCUGUCGUUGCUGUUGUUGAUGUAAUUCAUAUCACUCAUGCUGCUGUGGCCACUGUUGGAAAUACAGCUGGAGUGAGCAAUGAGGCCACAACCACUAUGAUGCAAAAGUUUUGGGAUUCUGCCAUGACCUUGGGUCCCAAUGAUGAUGAUGAGGAGUCUCGGAGUGAAAAUUCAUUGAAACUGGCUUCUGAGAGCGCAGAGACAGGGAGAUCGCUACCAUUUCCACCAUCCAAUUUUCCAAAUACCUUUGCUUUCAAACUUCAAGAUAAGAGGGGUCGAAUGCAUAGAUUCACUUGCAAUAUUCAGAGUUUGACAGAACUUAUAACCUCCAUCAUUCAGAGAAUGGGAGAUGACAUUGACCGCAACAACCUUCCUCAAAUUUUGUAUGAAGAUGAAGACCGUGAUAAAGUUAUGUUGGCAUCAGAUAGUGAUCUUUUGGCAGCUGUGGAUCAUGCAAAGCAAGUUGGUUGGAAGGGUUUGAGACUGCAUUUGGAUUAUUCAGGAACACGCACUCGCCGCCGAAGGGGUUCGGCUACAGGAAAUGUGGAUUAUGCAUAUGCAGAUUCUGCAUGGGCAUCAGCAUACAAUGCUGUUGCAGCUGGGGCUGCCGUUGCUGUCGGCUUAGGCGUGUUAGCGUACUUGAAGAGAUCCGGUAACUGAGUGAUUUCAUUUUUUCUGUUUUGAAGCCUAGACAGAUUUUCCUAGAGCAGCAGAAACUCACUGGAAUUGGCUGGGACUUGGGAGGGCAAACUUCGUGCUUCAUACGUGCUUUUUAUACAAACUAUACGACAUAUACAAGUGAAAUUCACUUCUUCCUUUGCUGAUCAUUGAUCGAUAACAUGCGCGGCGUUGUUUUUUCUCCGAUGCGUACUCUCGCAGCUUCGUGUACUUGUGUAAAGCAAGAACUAAACACCGCCACAUGAAAUGUACAAGUUCUUGGACUUGGGGGAAUUUGGAUUCUUGAUUUCCUCUUGUCAAAACAGUUCAAAGUGCUAUGUUAUUGUUGUUG